UUUUUUCUAUUUGUAUUUAAUAUCUCUUUUUCUCUUUAUUAAAAAAAUAAAAAAUAAAAAUUGACUUUUUUUUAUUACACUUGUAUUAAUUCUAACUUAUAAAAAGAGAUAAUGCUUGCAUCCGCCACCGCAAGAAAUACAACCAAGUUGUUCAGCAGAACUUCAAUGAAUCUGUAUCGCCACAGAGCUGUCAUUGGCUGUGCCGGUCUUCAUACCACACAUAAAUCCAAGAGCGCUUUAGCUUCAUCUGUAUCUCAUUCAGAUCGCUCUGCUGUCGCCUCAGAAAAAUCACCUAAAGUUGUUCAACCUCUUGUCAAGAAGCCUUCAGCGGUUGAAAUGGAUGAUUCUUUUGUCGGUAUGUCCGGUGGAGAAAUCUUUCACGAAAUGAUGUUAAGACAUGAUGUUAAACACGUCUUUGGUUAUCCUGGUGGCGCUAUCUUACCCGUCUUUGACGCUAUCCAUGAAUCAGAGUACUUUGACUUUAUCUUGCCUAGACACGAACAAGGUGCUGGUCACAUGGCUGAAGGUUAUGCCAAAGCAACUGGUAAGCCUGGUGUUGUUCUCGUCACUUCCGGUCCUGGUGCCACCAAUGUAGUUACCGCCAUGGCUGAUGCUUUAGCUGAUGGUAUCCCCCUUGUUGUUUUUACUGGUCAAGUUCCUACUUCUGCUAUCGGUACUGAUGCAUUCCAAGAAGCUGAUGUUGUGGGUAUUUCUCGUGGAUGUACAAAGUGGAAUGUGAUGGUCAAGGAUGUUGCUGAACUUCCUCGUCGUAUCAAUGAAGCUUUCACUAUUGCCACAAGUGGUCGACCCGGUCCUGUUCUUGUGGAUCUUCCCAAGGAUGUGACAGCCGCUGUGCUUAAGCGUUCUAUCCCUAUCAACACCAUGAUUCCCGCUCGUCCUUCUGCUAUUCCCAACACUGCCUUGACUGCUUUCACCGAAGAAGCUCGCUCUAAGCCUCACCCAGUCUUGUUACGUGCUGCUGAACUCAUCAAUAACGCAAAGCGACCCGUCAUCUAUGCUGGACAAGGUGUUGUAGGUCAUGUUGAUGGACCCAAAUUCUUGACGAUGCUUGCUAAUAACGGUAACAUUCCUGUCACUACCACAUUGCACGGUCUUGGUUCAUACGAUGAAUUGGAUCCCAAGUCCCUUCAUAUGUUGGGUAUGCACGGUUCUUGUUACGCUAAUUUGGCCAUGCAGAAUGCCGAUCUUAUUAUUGCUUUGGGUGCUCGUUUCGAUGAUCGUGUGACGGGUAGUGUAGCUCAUUUUGCUCCUGAGGCUGUCAAGGCAGCAGAGGAAAACCGUGGUGGUAUUCUUCAUUUUGAAAUCAUGCCCAAGAACAUUAACAAGGUUGUGGAUGCUACUGAAGCUAUUGAAGGUGAUGUGACUGAAAACUUGAAGAAGUUGGUGCCUCAUAUUAAAAGCUCACCUCGUACCGAAUGGUUUGAACAAAUCAAGACUUGGAAGAAGGACUAUCCUUUCUACUAUGAAAAGACAACUGAUGAUAAUGAAAUUUUGAAACCUCAACAAUUGAUUGAAGAACUCGACAAACAAACUGCUCAUAUGAAGGAAAAGGUCAUCAUUACAACUGGUGUUGGUCAACAUCAAAUGUGGGCUGCUCAAAUGUUUAGAUGGAGAGAGCCUCGUCAAUUCAUCACAUCUGGUGGUCUCGGUACUAUGGGUUACGGUCUUCCUUCUGCUAUUGGUGCCAAGGUAGCUAAGCCUGAUCAUGUUGUUGUAGAUAUUGAUGGUGAUGCUUCCUUCUCCAUGACAGCCAUGGAAUUAGCCACAGCUGCUGAAUUCAAUAUUGGUGUCAAGGUCUUGUUGCUGAAUAACUCUUUCCAAGGUAUGGUGAAGCAAUGGCAAGAUCUCUUUUACAAGGAACGUUAUUCUGGAACUGUCAUGAAGAAUCCCGAUUUUGUAAAACUUGCUGAAGCUAUGGGUGUCAAGGGUAUUCGUGUCACAAAGGCCUCUGAGGUGGAAGCCAAGAUGAAGGAGUUUUUGGAACAUGAUGGUCCUGUUAUCAUGGAUGCUGUUGUUUGUAAAAAAGAAGUCUUAUUCCCCAUGGUGCCUGGUGGAAAGCCUUUAAAUGAAUUCAUGGUUCAUCCUACUAUCGCUGCUCGCAACAAAAAGUAAAACAAAAACAAAAAAAAACUUCAUAUCCUUUUCAAUUCCUCGCACAUAUAUAUAUUUAUAAUUUCCCAGCAUUUCAGUAAAAGAUGUCUUUUUUUUAUCCUUUGUAAAAUAAACCCUAAAA